AUGGCCAAGAAGCAAAUCUUUGCCUCUCUUCCUCUUCCUUCGCUCCUCCCUUGGCCUUCUUGCAGGUUAGCGAGGGCGGCGCACUCCUUCAGGGAGGGAGACCCGGAAUCGGACCGCGACUACCUCGACUACCUCGACUCGACGCGCUCGGCGGAAGAAUCCGGCUACGACGACGCGGCGGAGGCCGUAAUUCGGGGGCUCCGGUCCGACAGGCUCUUCUUCGAGCCCGCCGCGGGAGCUUCCACGAGCGCGACGCUGGUGGCGCCACGAGCUUCGGAGGGCCUGCUCCCCUUCGAGGGGAGCGUCGCGACGGUGAUCGAGUCGCACGACCCGUACGGCGAUUUCAGAGGAUCCAUGGAGGCAAUGGUGGCGGCGCGCGGCGAUAGCGAGUGGGAGUGGCUGGAACAUAUGCUGGCCUGGUACUUGACCGUCAACAGGAAGAAGACUCACGGCGUGAUCCUCUUGGCCUUCCUGGACUUGCUUCUGAACCUUCCUCUUUCCUCAACUUUGGAGAUCGAAGAUGUUGGAGAUUACGAAAUGUAA